AUGGGCACAAGAGAGGACGAAUACGAUUAUUUGUUUAAAGUUGUCCUAAUAGGUGAUUCUGGAGUCGGUAAAAGCAGUCUCCUAUCACGUUUCACUAGAAAUGAAUUUAACUUAGAGUCUAAAUCCACAAUUGGUGUGGAAUUUGCAACAAGAAGUAUAGAGGUGGACGGUAAAACCAUAAAAGCCCAGAUAUGGGAUACGGCCGGACAGGAGCGAUACCGCGCGAUCACGUCGGCGUACUACCGCGGUGCGGUAGGUGCGCUGCUGGUCUACGACAUAGCCAAGCAUCUGUCCUAUGAGAACGUCGAGCGAUGGUUGCGUGAACUCCGCGAUCACGCUGAUCAGAAUAUAUUGAUCAUGCUUGUCGGUAACAAGAGCGAUCUUAGGCACCUCAGAUCCAUCCCAACAGAAGAAGCGAAGGCAUUUGCAGAAAGGAACGGUCUUAGUUUUAUUGAAACAUCCGCUCUCGACUCAACCAACGUCGAGCCUGCAUUCCAGAACAUUCUAACUGAAAUCUACAGGAUCGUAUCUCAGAAGCAGAUGCGCGACCCGCCGGAGGGCGACGUGAUCCGGCCGGACGCCGAGCCCACGGACGUGCGGCCCUCGCACACCGACAACGUGCGCAAGCAGUGCUGCCAGUAG